AUGCCUCGUCCUCGCAGAUCAAAUCGCGGCGCAGUAGCCAAAUAUACUGACGAUCCGUUCGAGAUCGCGGGCGUCAGCGAAGAAUCUGAUACAGAAGCUAGAGCCUCGGGUCCAAAAAAGAAGACCCCGGCGCAUAACGACAACUCUUCGGAUGAAGAAUUCGAGGCCCCGAAUACUGAGGAAGAAGCCGACGAUGACCAAGAAGAGUCCAGUGAGGAAAUCAUCCCAGAGAACGAUGACGACAACCAACCUGGUUCGGAAGAGGAUGAAGAUGCUACUCCUCGCAAACUACUGGUCACCGCUGCAGCUCGAGUCAGAACUCCUAAGAAGCUAGCAGCUGAUGGCACGGGUGCGCUGAAAGACAAUGGCCCCCAUUCAAGGGGUGUUUGGAACCCUGUCGACCAUCUGGGCAAGCUGAUUACCCUGCAAAUGUCUUUCAGUGUCGACGAGAAGAGUCUGCUAUCUGUCUUGUAUGCUAGGGACCGAUGGGCUAAAGGGUUGGAUUCGGCUCUUCCAACCCGCUCUUCGCUGAAUGAUGAUCGGGCAAUCCCUACCUACACAUACGGACCUACCUUUGGCGUUGAGCCUGAUGAGUUAAAGAGGGAACAAACCCAUGGCUGGGACUGGUAUUAUACAGACGAUGUGGGCGGACGAUUUCGAAAACGACAGCGGCUCGAGCCCCUGGAGGAAAAAGAGGCCCGGCGGGUGUAUCUACCGCGGCCUAGGAAGGAGCACACUGUUUUUAUGGGGCCGACUGACAACCAAAAGAAGUUCACUCUUGGACAGCACGACUCGAUCAAUUACGGUGAGGCUUGGAAGGAGUCCAAAAGCAAAUCUUCUGCUACGCGGACAGAAAGAACCAAACAACGACAGGGUUGGCUUCUCAAUUUAGGACAAAAAGUUCAAUGUAUGGGUUGGGCGCCCAACCACUCAGACAUCACUCAGUACUUGGCCCUGGUGACACCUAUCUCAGAAGAGCAAAAAGGAGAAUACUCUGAUCCGUUCAGCGAUGCUGGGGCGCCGGCAUUUCGGCCUUCUGCCCCUUAUCCGUGCGCCUUGCAGCUUUGGUCCUUCAAGGCUCUACGAGGGAAUUCAUUGACCAAGGCCCUUGACAUGGACUCACCUCCGCAGUUACGCUUGGGCUUGUGUACUAGCUGGGGUGAUCUCAGACGGAUGGCAUGGUGUCCGAUAUCUCGGGCCUCACGGGACGAGGAUGAUGAAGAUUCCUUGAAGACCAUCGGAUUGCUGGCUGGUAUUUGGGGUGAUGGUUAUUUGCGAGUGCUUGACAUCAAAACAAACCGUGACCCCAAGAGCACCGAAUUCUACAAGGUCCAUGCACCAGCAUUUGAAGCGAAACCUCCGUCAACGCUCUGCACAUGCUUAGAAUGGCUUUCCCCGACUGACAUUGCCGUUGGCUGUGCCAAUGGGUUUGUGGCUAUAUGGAGCAUAAUCCCGUCCGACGCCCUAUCAACAAAUCCACUCCCAUACUUCUUUGAACCGAUUCACUCGACCUAUGUCCUCAGCAUCACUUCUGCCUACCCAACGCACUCUCACUUGUUGGCCACAACUUCGAUGGAUGGGGAGACUCGGAUGAUAUCAAUCACCGAUCCCCACAAAGAUGUGGUUGACACGCCGCGCAUGCGAAUGGGUUCUCCUCAUUUAUCCUACUCCCCUAUUCUACAGUCUUUCCUCUCGUCAGAUGAGAAUGAUUUCGUGCGACUCAUCACGGUCCGCCGAUUCUUCAGCACCACUGCAAUUGCGAAAUUUCCUAGCACAAUCUCUGCCCACGCGCCAUCCAGUUCCUGGCAUCCAAGUGCUCUAUUUGGAUGUACGGGCGGCGCAGUUAUCGCGACCAACCCUUUGCGACGUAUAUUGCACUCUAAGGCGAAACAAUGGCAGCAAACCUGGUUCACCCACGAAUGGGUGCGAAGUGAGGAGACGGACAGCCCAGGUACCAGCAGAUUCUUUGAUGGAUACCGCGCCGAGAGUACCAGCCUAUUACGAAAUAUGAUUGGAGACCCCAGAGUCGUCAAUGGAGUGAUGAUGAUUACGAUCUAUGAGGAGGGGACCCAUGUCACCUCCCUCUGUUGGAACCCGAACCAGACGUGUGCGGGCUGGGCCAGUGCCGGUCUGGGAUGUGGACUAGUUCGGAUUGAGGAUCUAGCUAUAGAUUGA